GGAGAAGAGGAUUGGUCCCGAGGUGUAAAGGUUUGCUUGGAAGUGAAAAGGUACGCAAGGAAGAACGAGGAUACGGAGCUUGUGGCUGAGCUGAUGGCUAUUUUAAGAGGGAGGGAGGGAGGGAGGGAGGGAGGCAUGAGACCCUCUUAAAAAUUCAACCCUAAAGUCUUUCUGGUUAUCUCUUCCUUCCUCCCUCCACUUCCACCAAAGUUGGGACCUCUGGCGAGUUUGAUUUCCGACAAAAUAAGUGAAGUCCUAAAUGAUAAAGAUGAUGCAAAAUGAGUAGUUCCUGAUCGUUGAAUGUGAGAGGUCUUCUGAGUUACAGAAACUGUGUAGUCUGAGUGUAUCAGUGAAGCUCGUAUUCUCUGCUUACUCCAAACACUUCUCCUCCGCAACCACUGUGAGUCGAAAAAGUCAAAACUUUACAGUUUCUUACCUCCGUUAACUCACUCGAUCUCACCACAAAACUCGCAGAGACCAUCUCCAAGGAAGUCAUAUUCGAGGACAAGGGCAAUCCAGAUUCAGUCCUGAGUCUAUUCAGAACUGCAUCUACUAGACGCUGAGACAUUCCUAGCUUCCAAGCUUAAGUUUUUGCAUUCAAUGCAAGGAGCUUGAACCUCCUAGUUCACAUAGAUAGUCUCCACAUUUCCUAAACUCUUGGGUAAAAGAGGCGACAAAACUCUCACAGUUGUACUAUGAUUUGUUUUGAAUAGUCAGAUAUCCAGUUUGGAUAUUUCGGUUACAGAAAACUAUAUAAACCGGUUAUGGUUCGGUUCAGUUUGAAUUUUUUUUAAUUCGGUUCAAUUUUAGUUUCAUUUGGAUUUGGGUCGGUAUUAGACUAUUAGGUAAGUUGUUCGAACCAUGUUUUUGCUUUUCUCCGAUCUUUGGUUUGGCGAGUGAAGAGGAAUCUUGGAGAGUCCAUAAAUUUUCUUCAACUUGUCAUGUCUUCUUCGCUGAUACUCCAUGGAAGAAGAAGGUUCUUCGACUUGCAAAAAUGGCAUCAUUUGAGAUCCGCAGUGCAAAAUGCAUCUGCUUUCUCCUCUGCUGCUGCAAUUGUGAGUCGAAAAGGUCAUAACUUUACGGUCUCUACUUACCUCGUUAAAUCUCUAGGGUUCACCACAAAACUCGCAGAAUCCAUCUCCAGGAAGGUGAGCUUUAACGAAAAGGUUAACCCAGAUUCUGUUCUGAAUCUCUUUAGGACUCAUGGGUUCACAGAUUCUCAGAUCUCCACCAUCAUCACAGGUUACCCACACGUUCUUAUCGCAGAUUCUGAGACUUGUCUUGCUCCCAAGCUUCAGUUUUUAAAGUCAAGAGGAGCUUCAACCUCUGAGCUCACUGAGGUUCUCUCCAAAGUUCCUAAAGUCCUUGUUUCCAAAAAGGACAAAGCUUUAAGCGUAUACUAUGACUUCGUCAAAGAUAUUAUAGAAGCUGACAAGAGUUCCAAGUUCAAGAAGUUGUCUCCUUCUUCUUCUUUGCUGCCACAGGGUAGGAAACAGGAGAACAAGAUGAGGAACAUAACAGUUCUGAGAGAAUUAGGGAUGCCUCAGAAGUUGUUAUUCUCAUUGCUAACAUCCAAUGCGCAGCUUGUAAGUGGGAAAGACAAGUUUGAAGAGUCACUCAAGAAGGUCCUUGAGAUGGGUUUUGAUCCCACCACCACCACCCUUAGUUUUGUUGGAGCUCUGCAUAUGCUUUGCGGAUUGAGCGACAAAACAAUUAAAGCAAGAGUUGAAGUCUACAAAAGGCUAGGCUUUUCAGUGGAGGACGUGUGGGCAAUCUUCAAGGAGUGGCCAAUCUUCCUGGGAUACGCGGAGAAGAAUAUAGCUGACUCUAUUGAGACAUUUCUAGAGCUAGGCUUCAGCAGAGAUGAGUUUGUGAUGAUUGUCAAGCGUCAUCCUCAGUGCCUUGGAUUAUCUGCUGAGUUGGUGAAGAAGAAGACUGAGUUUUUGGUGGAGGAGAUGAAUUGGCCGCUUAAGGCUGUGGUUUCUCACCCUCAGGUACUUGGAUACAGCAUGGAGAAGAGGAUGGUACCGAGGUGUAAUGUAAUCAAAGCUCUCAUGACUAAAGGAUUGCUUGAAAGUGUAUUCCCUUCACUAUCUUUUGUCUUGGCAUGUACCAAUGAGAUGUUUUUAGAAAGGUAUGUGAUGAAGCAUGAUGAUGAUGAGCAGGUUUUGGCUGAGUUGAUGGGUAUUUUCACCAGAGGUCAUGUUUCAACUAAAUGAGCAACUUUAAUGCUUGCUUGUUUUUUAGAUUCAUCUGUGGAUCUUUUUAUGCUGACUAUAGGAAACAUAGAAGUGCAUCUCUUAUAUAUAAAAAUAAGGGAAUAUUUCACAAGUAUGUGAUGAGAGGAUGGUGUUUUCAGUCACUGAUCAGAUACAACAGUGAGCAAUGUUAACCGAUGAAUCUUUUGAUGCCUAACUGUUUAUGAAUAAUGUCUGAAACCCGUUUUGGUAAAUCUCAAUUUGAGUUCG